AUGUUCGAAACAAAACGCUUGAUUCUUCGCGGAUGGAGACCGAGCGACAUGGAUGAUCUCGUCCUGAUGCUGUCCGACUACGACGUCUUAGCCCCUAUUCAACCCAGCUGGAUCGUUCCCGGCGUCCCUGAAGCUAGGAAAAUCAUAGAAUACUGGAUAUCUCGCACACUCUUCGUGAUAGUCGAGGAUAAGGAGAGCGGCGGGUUGGUGGGUAUGGCGAUGUUGAAGAUCGACAUCCCGAAGGAUGCGGAUGGGGAGGUUGGGAUUUGCUUGGGGAAGAAAUGGUGGGGUCGGGGUCUUGGGACGGAGGUAAUGGAAUGGAUUGUUGGCUACGGGUUCAAAGGCAUGGCGUUGCGGAGGGUAUCUUUGUGUGUGUUUGGGUUCAAUGAGCGAGCGAUUGAACUCUAUAAACGCAUCGGAUUCGCCGUGGAGGGAGUUAAGCGCGAAGCCCUUUGGUUCGAGGGAAAAGCUAUGGAUACGAUCUGGAUGGGAAUUCUGAAGAGGGAGUAUGAAGAGAAAUCCGGCGUUUCAUAG